CCUUAUUUUCGACUACUGCGAAUAAAACCGGGAUCACCAGACGAUGUCAUACAGUGUAUCCUCGAGAGUCGGCCGAUGUACGAAGGGCUGUCCAGUUACAAAGCGCUGUCGUAUUCAUGGGGCGACGAGCCGUUCUCCGAAACUAUCUAUAUCGGACGUAAUUCACUUCAAUUUUCUGUGUCUCCGCAUGUUGCAGCAGCGCUACGACACUUGAGAGACCCGUGCCGGGCCGUUCAUGUAUGGAUUGACGCCAUUUGUAUCAAUCAAGGCGAUCUACUCGAGAAGUCGCAACAGCUUUCCAUCAUGGCAUCAAUUUACAACCAGGCCGAGCAAGUGGUGAUAUGGCUGGGAGGCAAUGGCGACUCGAAUAAUCAAAGCCUCGAAGACGAGGAAGUCAUUUGGUCAAUGUGCCAACAGUCACAUGCGUGGUGGAAUAGGCUAUGGGUUGUCCAGGAGUGUGUAUACGCGGAGAGAUGUCCUGUCGUGAUGUUGGGUGACCAUACUAUGUCUCUCGAUUCGUGGAUCCAAACUUGGACAGCAUCUUAUCGGUCUUGGAGAACUCGGGAUGGCGAUAGUCUCAACCGCACCAAGAUCCUGCAAGACAACCUUGUCUUCUUACGCAUGCCGUAUGAUGCCUGGAAGACGCACACCGAAGAUAAUAUACAACGAUUACCGUUGCUGCUUCGGCUACGCCAAACUGCCGAACGACAGUGCAAAGUACCGCACGAUAGAAUAUAUGCAAUCUUGAGCAUUGUUGAUCACAGGGAAGCCAGGUGGAUCCCUCCGGAUUAUCGCAAGUCGUAUUCGACAUUGAGGACAGAAGUGAAUAAGAUUUUGAGAUCUUCUCCA